GAAGAAGCAGCAGCAGCAGCAGCAGCAACAGACUUUACUUACAAGGUGGUCUCCUGCACCAACAUCAGAUGCUUCCCAGCGUUCUCCGUUGCACUCGGCCCAUCCCCACCUGUCUCGCCUUAGCCCGGCCUCUGGCCCACUUCAGAACACAUAUGGACCCGGACCCCAGUCGGCCUGUUGAGAAAGCUAUCCGAACCAAACUGACCAGCUCGCUCAAGCCGGACCACCUAGAGGUCCACAAUGAAAGCCACAUGCAUGCCGUGCCUCCUGGUUCUGAGUCCCAUUUCCGCGUCCUGGUCGUCAGUUCCCGGUUCGACGGUCUGCCGCUGAUUCAGCGCCACCGUCUGGUCAAUGAGGCUUUGAAGGAGGAACUGAGCAGCUGCGUUCAUGCCCUGGCUAUCCAGGCCAAGACGCCCGAGCAGUGGGGGAGGAACCCCAGCCUGGCGAAGAGCCCGCCCUGCAUGGGAGGCUCGCGAGGUGAUCACACGGUGGAGGAGAAGCUGAGGACUGGGAGGGAGUGAAGCAGGUGUGCUUGGACUGAAGUGUGAAGAAUGCAGGUGAAUGAAUGACAGGAAGUGUAAAAGAGAACUUAAUGCCACACAGCAGUCACAUUAGUUUUGUGUUUAUAUAUAGUUUAAUGGAUCAACUUGUCAAGAUGGUUCUGUUCUAACAGAACUAGUCCAUAUUGUGGCUGCAGGAUUCUGUGAUACAUGAAGGUGCUCCUGCUCAGAGUUCUCUCUGAGAUUAGCACAAAGAAGAACUCGUGUCAGGAAGCAGCAGGUACCUAAACACUGGUGCUGACGGCGGCGGUGAGGUCCAGGCCCGAAGUAGCGCCUGCAUUUCUGUAAACGAGUGACAAUAAACGUUAAAAUGUUAUUUCUGAGAUUCAA